CACUCCGAAGUAACAGCACGAGGGUCCCUUCCUUUUCCCCGCUCCUCUGGGAUUUCGUCUUCAUUCCAUUUUUCAGUACGUGUAGUUAACUCGAGGAUGCCUUCCGCGAAUCCAAAAUUAGAAAAGCAGCAAUCUGCGGAGCCCGUAGAUUGUGUACGGCAAACGAUUACAGUAAUCGAACAUAAGAUACGAAAUCUAGAAAAACGCAAGGGUAAAUUGGAGUCGUACAGAGACCUCCAAAAGAAUGGAAGGGAAUUGAAUGCGGAUCAGACCAAGGCUGUAGCCAGAUACGAUGGAGUUUUGCAAUCUUUGGAAACUGCUCGCGAAAUACAUAAACAAGUCGUUGGCGUUGCCAAUGAAUCAGUCAAACAACAGAAAAAAUUGGCACGGAAAGAGGCAGCAGAAAGGACACAACAAGAUAUUGCUAAAGUUAGAGAGAUAUUACUGAUACAAGAUAUUAUGACGAGUAUGAGUAUAAGUACUGUACGAGAAGACUUUCUAUCUGGUACAAAUGGAGCUAUACAAAUUUCUAAUGAAGAAUUAAAAUACAUAGACGAUCUGUAUAAGGAAAUAAUGAUGAAGCAUAAGCGUGAAGAGGGAGAACCAACGAUUGUCCAACAAAUUCAAAAAGCUGCUGAACAUUAUGUGGCAAUUGUUGAUGGUAAACAAAGAGAAGUGGCUGGAACAACUUAUAAUAAAUUAAAAGAAAUCAUUAAUUCCAUACAUCAGUCUGGUUACUUUGAUCAGACUCAUGCCUCAGAACCCACAGUCGAAGAAAACAAUGACACUAGUACGGAAACACAAGUAACGACGACGGAUACUUCUGUGCCAGAACAAGAAGAGUUUAAUAACAGCGAAAGGCACAUUCCACCCGAAUCUAUAAUGCCAAUUCCUAGCUUUCCAGUUCAGGUAGCUCCUCUUCCUGUAGUAUCGGGCACUGCUCCAGUUACUGGCCCAAUAUCAGUUGUACCCCAACCAAUUCCACCACAUCCAACUGCGCCCGUUGAACCAUCAUAUUAUACAAAUGCGACUGGAUUUGUACCACAACCGCAACCACAACAACAACAACAACAACAACAACAACAACCACCACCACCACCACCACAACAACAACAACAACAACAACAGCAGCAGCAGCAGCAGCAACCACCAACACAGCCACAACAACCUAGAAUUAAUGAUGUCAUUGGGACACCAAAUUUUUUCUUUUUACAAGAAUCUGAACUUGAUUCGCCAGAUGUCACAUCCCAAAACCCUAUCGUAUCACACAUUCCUGCAGUUAAUGCACCUAUACCUUCACAAACGUUUACAAAUCAGAAUUUUACAAACGCAACUGUUGUACCCCAACAGGUAAUAUAUCAGCAUCAACCAUCACAAGACAUGUCACACAUUCCUGGAUUUUCAAAUCCCAACCCACCACCUCCCAUACCAAUGCCACCAUCACAUCAACCAAAUAUACAAUUUAGUCCACAACAUCCUGCUGGUUUCCAACAACAAGCUGCAUCUCAGCCUAUUCCAGCACCAGGGCCGAAUUUUGAACCAUCACCUCAACAACAACAAGAUGGCCAAGAAAAACACACAGAAGAAACAAAAGUAGUAGUAGAACAACAGGAAGAGCCAGUUGCUGUGGAAGUAGAGGUUGCAGAUCAACAACAACCGACGAGCAGCGGCGGCGAGUCUUUUGAUUGGGUUCAAUUAACAGAACCUGUAGAUUGGAAUCAAGCAGAAACAGCACAACCGCCAAUUCCAGACACACAACAACAACAGCCACAGCAACCACCACAAGCAGCUCAACAAGCAUGGAGUGGAUACAGAGGUCGAGGUGGAAGGAGAGGUAAUUCAAACGGAUACAAUGGAAGAGGCAGGGGUGGUUAUCAGCAAAAUGGCCGCGCAGGACAAGCUUAUUACCGCAAUGACAGUAACUAUCAAAAUGGUUACCAACAACGGUCCUGGGCAAAUGAAGGAAAUGGAUAUAAUGGAGGAUUUAAAAGAGGAGGAGGCGGCAACACAAGAGGCGGUCCUCGAGGUGAACGGGGAAUGGAUAGGGGAGGACGAGCGGGGGGACAAUUUCGAGGUCAAAGAGGAGGAAAUCGUGGUGGUGGUGGUUAUGCACCUCGCGGUAAGCCACAACAGGCACAACAGUAACAACUAAACGAUAGAAUUAAUGCACAGUAAAAUGUUAUAUUAACGCUCUAAGAUCACUAUUCAAUUGUCUAUUUAUGAAAAAACCUAAGUCGGCACAAAUACAUCAUCUUCGGCAUACUCGGAGCACGUGAUGUAUUCACAAAUAGAUAUCAUCAGCAUAAGUAUAUACAUGUAUAAUGUACGCAAAAGCGCGAUCUCUAGAAAAAAGAAACAGAAUCUUUGAUAUUUAAUGUUGCAUUAUACACUAGGUUUAUCAUGUACAAAGAAAGCGCGCGCGCAGUAUGACUUUUUAUUUAUAGUAAUAUAGUAAGAUAUAGAUGUAAUGGGGAAAAAAGUUAUUCCAUAACUUUCAAACGUUCUCCUAGUGUCGUCUUAUUCUUAUUUCACAAUAAGUUGUUGUAAUACACACAUGCUGGUACUUAUGCAUCUGGCUUAGGAUUGUUUCUUAAAUAGGACGAUGAAUAACAUAACUCUGCAUUUGAAUUUGGUAUUUAUAAUUAUUGAAAGAAAACAAAUUCCAUAACAUUAACAUUAAUGUAUAGAAAAAGAAAAAAUGAAAAUGUAAUAUUGUGAUAUAUAAAAAAAGAAAGAAGAGAUAAGAUGAAGAAGAUCAACCAAAUUCAUUGAAGUGUGAACCUACUAUGCAAGUAUUAUUGUGUUGUAACAAAAAGCAGCAGAUUUCAUAGGGCAACAAAUGUUUAACAACUACAUAAAUAUAUAAAAAGUAUAAUAAUAAUUUUAUUAUAAAAAGAAUGACAAGAAAAAAAAAAUAUGCGAGAACUCAUAUUACACACGUAUUUCAUGGAAACAGAAGAAGAACGUAUUUAAAAAUGUAAUUAUAAGACGAUUAAAAAAAAGAAUAGGAACGAUCUGCUAGACUAAUUUCUUUGUCCUAUGGCGCAUCGUUCUAGAAGAUUUUUUAAGAUACCAGAAAAAAAAAGGAUACAGAGAAUGCCUUCUAGUGAUAAACUUCUAGACUCUAUUCCAAUUCCGGUCUACGAAUUUGAAGCAUUUAGAUUAAAUGUUACUGAGAUUUAUAGUCGUAAAAUGGAUGAGGAUACGUUAAUUUAUAAAAAUGUUUAAUCAUGGAUGAGUUACGUGAUUCCUCUUCCGAAGAUUCAUAUUGUUCUCCCUUUCUUCUAUUUAUAAAUAUAUAUAUAUUUUUUUCUUUUCUUGUUCUUUAUUCCAUUUUUCAAAAUUUUAUAUGAUACUCUUUAUUACAAAAUCGACAAUAGUGUUAUUAACAAAACACAUAACUGUGUGCGAUGUCGAUGAUUGAAAAUGCAUGAUUAGUUGAUUCUUUAUUUUGGAAAGUAAACAAUUAUUAUUCAUAUUAUUUUGUAAAAAGAAACAAAUAUUAAGAGCUUUGAAUGUAUAAUUAUUUAUAAAAGGUUAUACUUGUAAAGUACGCCUUUAAAAAAAAAAAAACUGCGUUUUACAUAUUGCGCUAUGUAUGCGUUAUGAAAAGUACUGUAUUUCGUUUAAUCAUCCCUAAUCUACAGUUACAUUUUUAUUAUCCUAUCAAUACCUGUGUAUCUUCCAAAUAAAGAUCUAAUUCAACCCUGCUAAUUAGCCUAUCUUAUCACGUAGCUUAAAAUGAAGGCAUUUCGUCAUUACAUCUGUUCUUAAAAAAAAAAAAAAA